CGACAAUGCGGUCUUUUUCAGGCUGUCAAACUUGUAGAAGCAGAAAGCUGAAAUGUGAUGAAGCAAAGCCGGUUUGUGGAGCAUGUAGUAAAAGUUCGCGGGAGUGCAGUUAUUCCAAGAGAUCGGUCUUUCGGCCAUUUAAGAGUUAUGCUAGAAAGAGGAGUCGAAGCGAGGUCGUUGAGGAUUUUGAUGCGAUUGAUACCAGUGAUGCCUAUGAGGCCGGUCAUGUCUGGGUCAAUGUCCCGGAUGAACUUCACUUUGUCCAUAUUGAAGAUCCUUAUGAGGAGCAGGAUAGCAUAAGGAUUGAGUAUCCUGAUGAAACAAGGGAGACAUCUCACACUGCGGAAGCGGAGCAGGUUUCUGAGUCUCCUGGUCCACAAUGGGACCUUUGGGCAGAUGAUUCUCUUGUCAUUGAAGGGGAAGCAUAUGCUCCAGUGGUCGAGCCAGAAACUCCAGCACCUGGCGAACAACCAGAUCGCUCAAGACUGGCAACACUUCAUCUGCUAAAGCAUUACAAAGAAGGGCCAGGUAUCUGGUUCGACAUCUUUGACACUGGCUGUUACUUCUCAGGCAAAGUCCCUGUCAAAGCAGCAACGAGUCCCCUGCUCAGGUCAUCCAUGUGUGCUAUCGCAGCGAAGCACCUGUAUCGCGUGAACAAGAGCCGCCUUGAUUCAAUGACUGAUUCUAGAUGGCAAGGAUAUGACUGGCGCUAUGAAUCCGCAAAGCAUUACGACGAAGCUAUUCAUCAUCUGAAGAAUGCAGUUGAUCUUUGUACCUACGAGAACAACUUGAGUGAUAAAGAGGAUAUGCUUGCUGCUGUUGCUAUCCUCUGUAUCUAUGAACUAAUGGAUGCCCCUGGGACGGCUUGGAGAGCGCAUCUUAGUGCUUUACCUCUGUUCAGCCCAGCGGAGGAUGCUUCACAUCCUGCUUCACCAGUGGUGAUACCGCGCACAGCUAUCCAAGGGCCUAUUCUUUGGAGUUUAGCGCGCCAGGAUCUUCUAUGCGCUUUUAUUAGUGAAACGCAAACUCGUCUUGAUCUCAAAGACGUGCGCCUUUGGCAGAAUGCAGGCCUCGCAACCACAGAGGACGGAACGCUCAUGCCCUUCAGUCCUCCAUGCUCAGCCGAGAUUCGUACCGUAGCUGAUAUCGAAGAGGACACCAAGAGUAAUGAACUUACGUGGCUCAUUGGCAAGCUCUCAAAUCACCUCACCUCAGGCGACGCCAUAAAUCCCUCGGACUACGCACUCCCUCUUGGUCAACGCCCAACCAUUGGCGUCACACAAGAACGCCUCCUCGAACGCUGGAAAAUGCUACUGAAAGAAUUUAAGAAAUGGCACGAUAGCCUUCCACCAACAUUCAAACCAUAUGCCCGAACACCAUACCCUUCGUCGGACUCCUGUUUCAGCAGUUUCACCCAAAUAUGGUACGAACUACCUAUCUGCGCUGCAACUAUGCAAAACUAUCAUAUGGCCAUGAUUCUCCUCCUCGUGAACCAGCCACAAGAAUCAACAUUCAUCCGCUCCACUGUCUCUGCGCGGCUGAAGUCUUAUAGACAGAUCCAACAAGAAGUUCAUCAUUACGCAAGAGAGAUUUGUGGUGUAAGCUUAGCGGAGCCCUCGGAUCCUGUGAGGGCGAAUUCAGUGCAAGCAUUGUUUGUGGCGGGGCAGGUAUUUUAUGAAAAAGGCGAGCAGGAGGCUGUUCUGAAGCUAUUGGAUGAUAUUGAGAGGGAUUUGGGAUGGACUACGAGGUUUCAUCGGGCAAAGCUUGUAGAUGAAUGGCCUAAAGAUAGCUAA